CACCGCUACGUAGCUCGUCCAGAAUGCAGUGUGGCCUUCCCAGCUGCGCAUCAUCAGUGGUGCCAUGAUCCAGUUAUAACUGUGGGUAAUGCCGAGCCAAAUAACCAAUCCUGGAGAUGCCGAAGAGAAGGGAUAUUCUUGCCAUCGUGUUGAUCGUGUUACCCUGGACUCUGCUCAUCACUGUUUGGCACCAAAGCGCUAUAGCUCCACUCCUCGCCAUUCGCAAGGCCUGUCACCACCUAGUAAAAGAGAUCUUUAUCAUUCCAGAGAGGCUUGCAGUCCGCCACCACCGGCUCUCAGAUGAUGGUGUCGAGGGCAAGAGGGAGGCAGGUGGCCAGGCGCAGGACUCCAAGGAAUACUGUGCCUCAGAUAAGGACAUUGUGGAGGUGGUGAGGACUGAGUAUGUGUAUACGCGGCCUCCACCCUGGUCCGAUGUGCUGCCUACCAUCCACAUCAUCACCCCCACAUACAGCCGUCCGGUACAGAAGGCGGAGCUCACACGGCUGGCUAAUACCUUCCUCCAUGUUCCCAACCUGCACUGGAUCCUGGUGGAGGACUCUCAAAGGAGAACGCCUCUUGUAACGCGGCUCCUCCGAGAAACAGGGCUCAACUACACCCACCUCAAUGUCGAGACGCCCAGGAACUAUAAGCUGCGGGGUGAUACCCGGGAUCCCAGAAUUCCCAGGGGGACCAUGCAGAGGAAUCUGGCCCUGCGGUGGCUGAGGGAGACCUUCAACGCUAACAGCAGCCAAGCUGGAAUUGUCUACUUUGCUGAUGACGACAACACAUACAGCCUGGAGCUGUUUGAGGAGAUGAGAUCGACUCGGAAAGUUUCGGUAUGGCCUGUGGCCUUUGUGGGUGGCUUGCGGUACGAGUCCCCCAAGGUCAAUGCGGCUGGGAAGGUUUAUGGCUGGAAGACGGUGUUCGACCCCCAUCGGCCCUUUGCCAUCGACAUGGCCGGCUUUGCCAUCAACCUGAGGCUCAUCCUCUUCAAGCCACAGGCAUAUUUUAAGCUUCGCGGGGUGAAGGGAGGGUACCAGGAGAGUAGUUUGCUCCGGGAACUUGUCACACUCAACGACCUGGAGCCUAAAGCAGCCAAUUGCACUAAGAUCCUUGUUUGGCACACAAGAACGGAGAAACCUGUCCUUGUAAACGAGGGGAAAAAGGGAUUCACAGACCCCAACGUGGAAAUUUGACCAUUGCCUCCUCACCCCCAGACCACAGUGGUUGGCCUUGGACCUGCAGAGGGAAAAACGGCGGAGUCUCUUGAUAAGUGCAACCAGCGCUCAUGUCUUAAUCAUCAGAAAAAAAGAAGGGGGGCCUUUGAAGGGGGAUUUAAUCCUCUUGACUGAAUCUGAUAUUUUUAAAAUAUGGACUGAAACAGUACAAAUGUAUCAUAUUAAAGCACAGAUUAGUAAGACGUGGCGGUUAUUCGUCACAUCGGCAAUUUGAGUGCAGAGGAGACGACAUGAAGGAUGCCUCACAGGGUCGGUUUGUGUGGACAUGACCUGUACCUUCAUGGUACAGUGGCCCGCUGGGGACAACCUAUCAAAAGAGACAGCACAAUAUGAAAAGCAAACAGCCAGCGGACUCAACCAAACAAGUUUGAGCAGGUUAAAGAAUAUCCUUCACCUCAGAAACGGUACACGGUACAAGAGAGAAAUUCCUCUAGGAUUUAAGGACACGAACUUCAUCAUCAGCCUGGAGGAAAACAUGAUUACAAGGACAAAUAUGUCUCAUGUAUUUUACCUUGAACAAACAAACAUGGCAAGGGAAGGAAUGUUCUUUUGAUAACUAUGAAAUGUUUGCUUUAAUUUAAUUUAAUUGGUUUGGGUGUUUUACAAGCACUUGACUUGCUAGUUCAAUACUACUGACUCUUACCCACAUUUACUCUUGGGUUAUCAUUGUUCAUUUUAUAGUGUCAUUAUAACUCAUGCAUUUAAGCCAGCCCGUACACUUGAAGAGACUGCUGUUCCGAGACGUAUCACUUGUUGCGCUAGGGAGCUGAAACGUACAGUACAUGUAAACAUAAAAAUCCUAACACUACUUCUUCUUAGCACUUAAAAAUACACAAAUCAUGUUCCUUUAUGGCAACAUGUGUAAAUAGUAAUUCAACAUGAGAACAAUCAGAAGGAUUAAUGACAAAUUUUUGACAAAAAGCAUUGUAAUUACUGUAUUUAUAUGUUAAAAAAAAGUCUCUUCUCUCUCCUCCCUGGUUAAUUCAUCACAAUGACACACAACGAGGCACAGAUUCACUCUAGGUUCAACACAUGGAAAGAAUAAUAGCACAUCACCAGUUUAAUUUGGUAAUAGAAGUUCCAGUUUGUGACACAUUCAUAACACCUGGACAAGAAAGUCAAAUUAGCUAUAUGGCACAUUCACAGUUGCUGACCCCCCCACCCCCCAAUCCCACUGUGAGUGUCACUUUUGAAGUCAUUUUAGUAAGUUGAUAUUUCCCCUUGUCUAUGCACGUUCAUAUAUGUACACAAGCCAACGGUUAACAAGGGUCAGCUGUGUGCAAGUAUAUAAAAGAGUAGGAUGAAAUGGUAUCAAGAGUAUCAUGUCAGAUGCAAUAGAUAAAUCCCAAGAAUUUGGUUUUACGAGGCUUGUCGAUCCCUCUCCUCUUACUAUGAUGUGAAGGAGACAGAAAUUCCCCAACACAUCUGUUGACUUUCAACACAACUCUCCAUCGAACAGCUGGUGUAAGUUUGGAUUAAUAUAUUAAAAUAAUUUAUGCAUGGCCCCAAAUAUUUGGUUUUUUAUAAAAACUAUAGCUGCCACUUACGAAAUGGGAUAAUACUGUACAUGCUACUCUGAAGUGACAGCAGGCUAAAGAAAAGCACAACAAAAAUAAAAAGUCAAUCUUAUUUUUGCUAAUAAUUUGGUAGUUUAUAUCAACACAUCUUCAGGAUUGUGGACUGUUGGUAUCUCGUGUUUUCUUUUUGUGUUAGUAUCCAUCCACUGUACAUUAACUGGAUCAUAGAAGGGAGUAACUACACCUCCGACGAUAGACAUCAGUAGCUACGACGCUGUACGGCUGAACACUGUAACAAAGUUAUUCUACACCUCUUAUAAUAGAUUCUCUCCCCCUACUUGAUUACUUGAUAAAUCAUCCAUCUAGUGCAAUACACAGUGGUGGUUCUUAUCUAACAUUGCCCAGCAGAAGUAGCCCCCCUCCCGUCAACACACACACACAUACACACACACACACACACACACACCUGCAGCACGAAAACUUACAAAGAUGUUACAGCCUAUCUGGCUCAUCACCUGGAGAAACCGUGUUAUUACAUAUUUCGCUUGGAAUAUGAUAAGAUACAGGUCUUUCAAUUUGUUCUAUUCUUCAACUUGUCUCCCAUUAUUUAUUAAAAAUCAAAUUUAAUAUAUUUAUUUAUGUAUUUAUUUCAACUGUGGAUGUGCAAUUGAAUUAUAGCACUGUUUGCCCUUAAAUAUGUACUUUACAGCUGCUCUCUACAACAGCAUGCCCACAUACAGUACAUUAUACAUGGAUUAUCAUAAAAUCAAAAAUAGGUUAUCAAUACCAACAGGCAGACAUAUAUCUUCUUCUUUAUGGCACUGCUGUUGAUCUAAGUUCUGCUUGAGUGGUCGUUAUCAGCUUUUCAUAUGAAUUAAUGAUUAAAUCCACCUGAAAUUAAUUUAGCGCUAUAAUAAAUUAAUACUUGUAAUCCAAAACAGGAAAAAUGCCAGUGUAAGAAUUAAAUUGAACACUAUCCUUUAAAAAUGGCAUAAAUGGAUUUCAUUUUAUGCUAAUAGGAUUUCCUGAAAUUGAUUAUGUGAGUACAUUAUUUGCUUUUCAAAUGAAACUCAAUUCCUGCUCUCAUCUGCUAAAUGUUGCUCUUGUCAAGAUGCAGGCAAACUAAAAAAAAACAGACCGAAACAGAUCCGCAUGUGGUUGGAUUGGUUAAAUAAGAUUCUGUGAUGUGACUCUCUGGUGUGUCCUGACGCAGCAUCACACAAAAGUUCAAAGGGCCUCACCUUGAAAGUGAUGUUUGUCUGACAUGAGAUUUGAUUUUUUUCUGACUCCAACAAAGUGACGUAUCAAGCAAUAUCUAAUGCUCAUAAAGAAUUAGUCUUAUAGAACCUACCUACCUAUACAUCAACUAUAGCAGUACAGGUUAUUCAGUAUUUAAAGUCAGUUAAUGAGCAUUACCCUCUGAGGGCUUCUGUAAGGCACAAUACACUUGACACACAAGUCCUCCCUUUUCCUCAUCUUCACCAUCAUCUUCCAGCCUCAUGUGAAUCACAUUUUAUGCAUGUGACUCUUAAGGUUGUUUAUUUGCCACAGCAAUUCUGUCUCAGAGAAAGAUGUUAGUUUAAUCAAGAGAAAUAAACAACUGAGAAGAACCUCACCUGCUCCUGAGUUUUGUGUUCAAUGGACGUAUCUACACAGUGUUUCUGACACAUUUGACCUGCAGGAUACAUAAGCAGCAGCAGAGUGCCUUGCUAAAUGGCACAUUGAUGAAAGCUUCAUUAUAUAAAAGGUAAGGGAUAUUUCACAGUGAGUUCUGCAAAAUGCAUUUAAUAAGAUGACACUCAGUGAGUAAGAAUAUGAGUAAGAAUGUUUCGUCUUAAGUCAUAUAUAAAUUGGUUGCUAGCUGUGACAUAACUUUCAAAAAUAACAGUUUGGGGAGCCAAACGAUAUCUUAAACCCACGUGCCAAUCCUUGGUUAAUGUAGAUAUGACUUUAUUUUAUUCAAAUAUGCACACACGGAGGAAUAAGUGUGUUUAAAAUGAGUGAUAUAUUCAAAUAUGCUAACGUAACCAAAACCUGAACUGUCAUUUAAAUCUUCACAAUUUACAUAAUUAUAACAGCAUUUCAUCAAGUUUCAGGUCAGUUGCGUCAGUAUUCCACUAUGUUUUUUUACUCUUUAAUCUAAAUAGGUCAUAUGUUAAAGAGCUAACAUUACUUUUCUCCAGUUGUUCAGUUAGCUAAACAGCAGUUACACCAGGUCAGACUUGUCAACCAUAUUCCACAAAUUGUUUUACUCUUUAAUCUUAACAGGUCAUAUAUUAGCAAAACUAACGUUACUUUUGGUCAGGUUGUUUAAUUAGCUAUGUAGCAGUUACACCAGGCAAUUAGCCAUUGUAGUUCAAUAUUUAGUAGCAACUGAUCUCUAUGUAAGAGCAAUUUGUUUGGUUAUAACUAGGAUAAGUUUGAACUUCUGAACAGUUGGUGCAACUGGCUCCAGGAUUUCAACACCACGGGAAACCUGAUUACCCAACAUUUUUAGGUUGCCUAUCUAUUAUCUAUUAGCUUGUACAAUGUAAUUUACCUAAAUGAAGCCACUGCUUCACUGUGGCAUUCAACUUUAAAGACAAUAAUUGUGAUGAUAUUCAGGCUGGUUAGCACCAGGCGGAACAGAUGAGUUUUCAGAAGGAGUUUUCAAAAAAAAAAAAAAAAAAAGAUCUUCAAACACAGCUUGUGAUCUUGACUUCUCU